AUGACCCCUCAAGGUGGAAUGACUCCUAAACCCUCGGUGGGCGUGACCCCGGGAAGGACCCCGCUGCGGGACAAACUCAACAUAAACACAGAGGAGGGGAGUGUGGACUACAGUGACCCGUCAUUUGCCAAACACUUGCAAAGGGAGUCCCGCGAGCAGCUCAAGUUGGGUGACGAGAGUUUUGUGGAGGAUGCGGCCGAGAUAGAACUGCGUAAACAGGCCAUAAGAGAUGCUGAGAGGGAGAAGGAGCUGCGUCAGAGACACACGGCAGUUCAGAGAGAUUUACCAAGACCUUCAGAGGUGAAUGAGACGAUACUCCGGCCUCAUAAUGUGGAGCCGCCUCUGACGGACCUGCAGCUGGCAGAAGAACUCGUCAAGAAGGAGAUGAUCACCAUGAUCCACUACGACUGUCUGCAUCACCCCUUCAGUGACAUCCAGGCCAGGAAGGGUAAAGGAGUGGGAUCCAGCUCCAACAACGCAGAGCACAUCUCCUACCUGGAGAAAACACCGUAUGAUAAGAUCUCGGAGGAAGAGCUCAAAAAGGCAGGAGAGCUGCUGGGCCAGGAGAUGGAGGUGGUGAAACAUGGGAUGAGUCAUGGUGAUCUCUCUAUGGAGGCUUAUAAUCAGGUGUGGGAGGAGUGUUACAGUCAGGUCCUGUACCUGCCCGGACAGAGCCGCUACACCCGAGCCAAUCUGGCCAGCAAGAAGGACCGAAUCGAGUCUAUGGAGAAGAAGCUGGAGAUUAACAGAGGUCACAUGACCACAGAAGCCAAGCGUGCGGCGAAAAUGGAGAAGAAGAUGAAGAUUCUUCUGGGCGGGUAUCAGUCUCGGGCCAUGGGACUGCUCAAACAGCUCAGUGAACUCUGGGAUCAAGUGGAACAGGCAAACGUGGAGCUCCACACCUUCCAGGAGCUGAAGAAACAGGAAGACCACGCCAUUCCACGCAGGAAGGAGGCCCUGAGAGAGGAUGUUCAGAGGCAACAGGAGAGAGAAAAAGAGCUGCAGCAGAGAUUCGCAGACCUUCUCCUGGAGAAACAGACGCUCUCGCAGAAGUUCUGAGCGUCUCCUGUAGUCAGUACAGUAGCUGUGUGUGCUCAUCCUAAAGUCUACCCUUCCCGUCCCGCUUCAGUGUGCACAUCAGCAUGUUUUACAUCUGUACUGUGUGGAUCCUUCUCUUUCUGCUGUAAUCAACUGCUUUCAGCUUCUUAAUGUCCCACCGGGAUCUAAUUCACAGAUUCUUGUUUUUAAAAGUGAUUUUCAUUUUACUUGUGCAGUGUAAAUAUCUGUUUUCCAGUACAUUUUUUCUCAUGUCAAGCCAUUUUUAGGUUUGUUCUGAAUAUAAGACGCUUUUGCUCCUUUUCAGGUGUAAAUUGGAAUGUCUGGUAUUGAAAAUGUACCUUUACAAAAUAAAUCAUCAGCACUGAGUUGCUCCGAGCUGUGAAUGAGUGGCACGUUUGUCAAAAGCUUUCAUUCUCAAAUCUUAUGUGUGCUUCAAAUUUGGCCUUCUGUGAUCGACUAUGCACAUGUGAGAAGUAAUGCAGUGUGGUGGUGAUAGUAUUGAUUCUUAAUUUAAGUUUUGGAAAAAAAAAAAUAGGUAGUUUAUUAUUAUUAUUUUUUUACUGGGUACUGUGUUAUUUUAACAAAUUCAGUCUGGUAUUUGUGAAAAAACAGCUUCAAUUCAGUUCAAAAUAAAAAAUAAUAUCAUGGUUU